AUUAAGACAUUUUACCAGAGCUUAAACGAAGUUGAAUAAUCGAUUGACAAAAACGUAAUUGGCAAUUUUUCAAGCACAAUAACAACUUUCCAGCUCAAUUUUGAAGACUUUAUUGGAUCACAGUAAACUGGAUAUCUGACAUUUGAAAACCUUAAUGAGCAUGUUGCAUUUAAAUAAACCAAACGAUUAAUCAAGAUCAGCAAAUAAUUGUUAGUUUCAACAUUCGACACAGAUCAUAUUUCAGGUGUUGUACUUAAUAAAUGAACAUGUAGCCUAAACAAAAGUGCUUCCUAAGCACCGCUAAACAGAGGAUUUUACUGCAACUACCAGUGACUCUCACAUCCUGAGAUGAUCUUUCAAGAUAAAGAAGAAGCCACCAGUCUGAGUCUGGCGGGUUGGUGGAACUGCUCUUAUCUCCGUUCUGUGUAAUUUGAAGGUAUUUUGGUGUAAUAACAUGCUGCCGAGUCUGUGCUGACAUUUGGGGAAAUGACUGAUGUUAUUUUCUGAAAGCUAAAAUGGCGUGCUAACGACAUGUGGGCGGGCAAAUGCUGCUGCGCCUCUACUCGGGUCUUUCCGGUAGCCUCUCCGAAGGGGCUGAACGAACACGCGAGCUGCGGCGAGCAGCAGCCGCAGCCGCAGCCGGAGCAGCAGCGGGAACAGCCGAGCGACCCGGGGCCGAUUCUUACCCAGUUUUCCGUCGGGGAAACAGGCCAGCGGGGGUCGGGCUGGGGGCUCGGGUACAGAAGAAUGAGAGAGCCCUCUUAGGAGGGGGCGAAAACAUGAACGGCGCCGUGUACAUUUCGUUUUUCCAGGGCCAGCUGGAGUCCGUGCUGGAGCAAGUCGUUCAGCUCGCCGUCCAGGAAAUAAGCAAGACUGUGGGCUCCAGCCUGAACACGCUGCUGCUGGAGACGGCCGUGAAGGAGCAAGAAAACCGGCGGCUCCUGCUCCAGCUGCAGUCACGGGAGAACCGGGGCCGAGCCAACGCCAACACCGCGGACGUCGGCGGGGGCGGCUCCCCUAAAAACAAGGCUGGUAAGACGGCGGGGGACGAGAGGGCGGACAGCGGCAGAACAAAGCCCGAGCAGAGGCUCCACGCCCCCGGAGCGCACAGCGCCGAGCCCGGCCUGUCCACCGACACACGCCGCCUGGAGCAGAGAGGACGAGUCGUGGACCAGCUGAAGUCCGUCAUGGAGCAGGUCCUGGACUUUGCUGUGCGCGAGCUGACGAAGAUCGUGGAGGCUUCGUUCGACGACCUCCUGCUGGAGAUCACCAAGAUGGAGCGAGAGCAGCGGGUCCUGGAGGAGCGGCUGGACCGGAGCUCCGACCGAGGGGGGGGAGAAGGGGAGAGGAGGCGGAGCCGGGGGGAGGAGGAGGGGGUCGGAGAACGACUCGGUGUCACCCAGCGGCUCGGAGGACGCCCGGGAGGAGCUCGCCGAGGUCCCGGCGUCCAAAGAGACGGCGGAGCGAGGCGACCCGGAGCGCCCGCCCGUCCUCUCGGUCUCUCAGGACUGGGUUCCCAUCCUGGACAAAGUCUUUGGUCAGAAGUGGUGCAGCGACGUCUGGCAGAUUAAAGAGCUCGGAGGAGGAGGUGGGCGGAGUCUGAGUGACGGCGGGGCGCAGCAGGUGCAGCCUAUCCCCGCCCCCUCUCUGACCCUGGAGCCCUCCCCCUCCUCCCCCCAGCUGGACCCCCGCUGGACUCCUCUGGAGGACAUGGA